AUGUUAGAUGAUUUUAUCAUUAAUCAAAAUCAUAUUGAAUUGAAUACAGUCGAUUUAAAUAUUGACAAUGUUAUUCAUUCAUCAUCAUCAUCACCGUCAUCGUCAUCAUCAUCAUCAUCAUCGUUGUCAUCAUCUUAUGCCAUAUCAUCUGUAGAGAUAUGGGCACUUAUAUUAACAUUUUUAUAUUAUGCAAUAAUGAUUUGUUUAGGUAUAUUUUGUUGGUUAAAUGCUAAACGUAAAUAUAAAAAUCGUCAAAAAUCAAUAGAUAUUUCAACAUGGUCACGUUUUCAUAUUGGUCCUAAUCAAUUACAUAUUAAAUAUACAGAUGAUGAUGGUGAUUCUAUGACUAAUUAAUUAAUUUAUGAUAAUAAACAUAAUGUCGUUCAGAAGAACGAUGAAAGCUCCACAAUCAAACCAUCCAGCUCAAAGAACAAAACUCCAUCAUAAUCAUUCAUCUGAGCUACAAAUCUUCAUCACCAUCACGUAACUGGAGCGUAUAUAUCAUUUUGUACAGAUUAUAUUCAUAGAAAAACAAACCUUCCACUUUAUAUGUUUCUUUAUGAGUUUACUGAAAUCAAUCAGGAUUUAUUAUUCCAUACCAACUUGUAUAUUAUAUAUAUGUGUGUAUGUGAUUAGUUCCUGUGUAUAAACAUGGAUAUAUGUGUGUAAAUUGAAUGAUGUAAUUGUAGGUUAUUUAUUAUUCAAUACUUAAAAAAGAAUGUAGUUGAUAAUUAAUGAAAUAUAUUUAUAUAUUACUGAAAUCAUAAUAGUCAUUUUAUACUUUAUAGUAAUUUCAAUAAUUGAGAUCAUGAAUCCAUUGAAACUAGAUCACAAUGGAAAACCUCGAAGCACUAGAUGAUCGUUUCGUCUUAUUGUGGGAAUCCUUAGCAGUGCGCAUCCAUGAUCCUGUACCGCAAGAUUUGAACACAGGAUUUAUCAGUCUUGCGCGAGAACAUUUAACCACUAGACCAUUGAGAUGAUAUUCAACAAUGUUAAUGUUUAACUUCAACUAAUUUACGAAAUUGAGUCAUCGACCACCAUUGUCAUCAGUGAGUUACUAUCUGUUGGUUUUCCAUGGUGGUCUAGCUUC